AUGGUCAAGGGAGUAGAGGAGAAAGGAAGGGAAAAGUUUUGGCUAAAUUGGGUUGAAACCAUUAGGGUUUCUUGGGAAAGGAUGAUUCCCAGCAGCUAUAAAAUGAGGCCUCUUCUACCCAACAGGACCAACUCGCAUAUGAAGAGCAAGCUUCCUCUCUUCCCUGCAAUAACCCAGCAAUCUCGUGCACUAUUCACCUUUCUUCUCCAUUUUCCUCUUCUGGCAGACUACUUUCAUAUCUGA